GACAGGUACGGGUCACAUUUAAAAUCAGUGAAACUUCCUGCUGAUCCACAUCAGGUGCAAGAGCAGCAGCAGAAGCAGUCUGAGAAAACAUUCUGGUUUUAUCAGACUUCCUCAUCAUGAGAUUAUCACUGGUUUCACAGCUUCUGCUGGUGCUUAUAGCAGUCCUGUCACUGACCAGGGCACAAACAGCAACUGCACAAACAACAUUUCCAUUAAUAACACCUGCGCCAACAACAUCUGCACCGACAACAACGCCUACUACAACAACGACAACAACAUCUGCACUGACAACAACGCCUACUACAACAACAACAUCUGCCACGACAACACCUUCCAUUAAUAUAAUAACAAUGCCAUUAACAACAUCUGGAUCAACAACACUUGAAGACCCCUGCUAUAACUACACUGUGCUGGAUGAUUCCUGGAGAGCCACCAACAAUCAGUUACAAUUAUCAUUUUACAAUGAACUUAUCUCUAAAGUAAUGUGUGACACUAAUGUCAUCUGGAAAGGCUGGUACCGUCUUUUCAUUCAGGGUCAGAGCGUUCAGAUGCCAGACACAUGUGUUGAUAAGCUAAGCUGUGGUACUCAUGCCCCACUGUGGCUGAACGGUCCACACCCAAAAAUUGAGGAUGGAGUGGUCACCCGAGGCGUCUGCGGUCACUGGAUGAGUGACUGCUGCUAUUUCCAAUCCAAUCCCAUUAAGGUGAAAGCCUGCCCAGGCAAUUACUACGUCUAUGAGUUUGUUCGCCCAAUUAAUUGCUAUUUGACAUACUGUGCAGAUGUUAGGAACAUUACCAUCAAUAAUGCUACUGUCACUCCAAACACAACCAUGGCAGCACCAAUAUUCUACCCAUUCAACUCAGACACAAUAAAUCCUGCUGCUGAUGAUGGAAACUCCUCGGUUGUUCAGCUGUUGAGUCCAUUUCUGUUCUUUGGCCGCACAUACCAGCAGAUUUAUGUUAAUAAUAACGGACACCUCACAUUCAGCCAGCCUUCAUCACAGUAUGUUCCCUACUCAUUUCCUGCAAAUAGAGGCCAGGAUAUAAUUGCUGGUCUCUGGACCGACCUUGACAACCGUGCGAGAGGUGUGGUUUCAUAUCAUCAGUACACUAAUGGAAGUGUUCUCACACGCGCCACUCUGGAUAUAAACAAUCAUUUCCCUAAUCUGACCUUCAACGCUUCUUGGGUCUUUGUUGCAACAUGGGAUAAAGUCCCUUACUAUGCCUUGACCAACACAGAAACAUCGUUUCAAGUGGUGUUAAUUUCAGGCAGUAGUUUUUCAUUUAUUCUGAUGAAUUAUGGUGACAUUGCUGUAACGGGACAUCCAGUGGAGGCUGGUUAUGACACAGUAAACUCCACUGACUACUUUAUGAUUCCUGGAUCAAUCAACGGGAGCUUCAUCUCAAACCUCAAGAACUCCAGUAAUGUCAAUGUUCCCGGCCGAUGGGCCUUCAGGGUGGAAGGUGGAGCAAAGUCAAACAAAGACGUCAUUGGACUUCAAGUGAAACUUUCCUCAUUUUCAGACCUAACACAGAGUGGAAACAUUCAGAUUUUUUUACAGCAAAUAAAACAGGAGCUGGUCAAGUUUGGUCUGCCAAGCAGCAUAGAGCUAAAGUUAAGAAAAGCGCAAAAGACAAAGCCAUAAAUUCAGUCUCCUUUAGGAAAAGAAAUAAAACAAUCCGGUUCACUUAGCAUCUCACAACAAAUAUCCCAUUGAUCAUGUGCAGACUGUAAAGACCUCAGUUUUACAUUAGUGUGGUUUCAUUUGAGGGCUAUAAACACCAUAAAAGUGGUCUUACAUUAGCUUUGUGUGAUGAACAGACUGAAAUUUAAGCUUUUAAGAUGUAUAACAUUCUGACAUCUACACUAGAUUUCAUUGUAUGAUAAUGAGAGUUCUGAUAUGAUAUCCAUUUUGAAAAAAAUCAAUCUUUUGAUUCAGAUCUUUUCAGUGAAUCAGCUGCUGCUGUUACAAACCUAAUCUGAAUGAUUCAGUCACAAAUGAGAAUGAUCUGGUCCUCAAGUCCUGGAUAACAGCUGCAAUUUCAGUCUAUUCCUGACUGAAGUUUUAAAAUAUAAUGCACGAUUUAUGACACUUUUUUGGUGUUUUUGCAUUCUUGAAAGCCUCAAUCCUCAUUUGUGCUUUUUUCUUAUUCAGUACAUUUAAUGUGUCUUUAUAUUCCAUGUUUUUAAGUGAACUAUUUCUUCUGCUGUCAGGUUAAGAGCUACAUUUAAUAUUUACAUGUAUUUAUUUCUUCUCGGAAACCAGUGUGUUCUGAAAAGGAAUGUCACUCAACGGGAAGGAGAACAUUCUGUUUAUAUUCAACAUCCAUACGCUUUAGUAAUCAUCAUUGAUCCUCCUCUUUGCUUUGUCUCGUCAUGCUUUGUGUUAUCAAAAGUCUGGAACAGCAGCAGGAUUUUCAACUCAUCUUUUGAACUAAGUGAAAGAUGAAAGUAAAUGAAAGUAAAACUCUAUUUGCUGUAAGCAAAACUUACGUAAGAAAAAACAUACUUCGCCCAACUGUAAACUUCUUGCUUCCACUUUUAGACACCCUGAAUACUCUCAGUGAUUAGAACUUUCAGAAGCAGAUUACAGUACAUAAAUGUAAAAUGGUUUUAAACAUCAUUGUAAAUAUUAAAAAAAUAGACAUGAGGUUUUGGCACCACAUAAUAUUCAACACAACACAGUAUAAUAUAAUGAAAUCAUAUACCUCAUUCUGAAACAUUUAACAGCAUCUUAUAUCGUAUAUUGUCUAAUAAGUGGACAGAAAUAAUGUUGUAUGACAUUACUAAUGAAUAAACAACAGGUUUAUAGUAUCUCAACAGUUAAAUACAUUGACAUAAAAAAAUGUCAAAUUUUGCCUGUUUCUCAUUUGGAGUUUGAGUUUGUUUUGCACUGUGUUCUGUUCAGUUCAUCUGUUGUCAUAGUGUCUUGUUAAUUAUCUCGUUCAGUCCCUAUUGUUCCCUCUUUACAUAUUACCCCGUAUUUGUUUCAGUCCUUGUCAGUUCUCACCCUUAAAAAGUAGUUGUUCUGUCUCCUAUGUUUUGUUCUAGAUGUCCUGUUAGAAGUAUAUAUAUGUGUAUAUAUAAUGGUACCAGCAAAUAUGUGUGUGUUGCUAGUACCAUUUUAAUGUCAAUAAACUUAAUAAAUUUUGUUUGUUUUUAAAAAGACCAUACUGACA